AUGGCAUGGCGUCGUCUUCGUUGGUGUGUUCGAAUGUCACAAUCGAAAACAGGUCGAAUGAUUAUCAUGCUUAUUUUAACAGCUGGCAUAGCUAUAACUGAAAUUGUCUAUGGAAUUCGCACUCGGUCCCAAUUACUUAUUGCUGAUGGACUCUUUUCAUUUGCUGAAGGUGUUGCAUUAGUUGGUUCACUUGUUGCAUUACGCUAUGCAAAAGCGGAACGUUUAGAUGCUAAAAAUACUUUUGGAUGGGCUCGUUUAGAAUUACUUGCUGGUCUUCUACAAGAAGUUCUCCUAUUGUCCUUAUCAUUUUCAAUUAUUGUUGAUUCUAUUAAUAAAUUAAUCAAUCCCAUUCAUAUUGAAGAUCCAUCUGCUAUGAUUUAUUUAGGCACAGUUGGAUUUUGUAUUGGUUUAUUAGGGUUAUUUUUAUUUCGUGGUUAUCACCAUGAUCAUAAUAUCGGCGAUGAAAUUGUCGAGCAGAAAAAAAAUGAUUUUCUCGAUAGUGUCUAUGAUACAUUACGAACUCUUCAUGUGAAUCAUGCAAAUCCAGAAUUAUCAUUAGUUGAGCAGAAAAAUAUUUCAAUAAAAACAACAUUAGCUAUUAGCGAAACAUCAUUAAACAUCAAUGAACAAAGAACAAAACGACAUAAAUCAAUUUUACCAUCAUUAAAUGACACAUAUACAAAUGCGUUUCUUGUUGCUGAUAAAACUCAACCAGAAUCGAUCAAUUACAAUGAGCAAUACUUACGAGCACAAGAUAAUACAUCCGAUGAAUUAAAUCGUUUAACAGCUAAAAGUGCAGAAUCAGCAGUACCGUCAACAUUGGUUUUAGAAGAAGAUAAAAUAGUAUUAGAAAAUGAUUUUGAAGAAUCAAGAGUUUAUGCAACACUUCAUGCUCUCUGUUUGCAUUCAUUGGCUGUUGUUCUGGAAUCAUCUAUUGUACUUAUUUCUGGUCUAUUAAAUAAAUUUGUUCCAAAUAGAGAUCCAAUAACGAAUCAACCAAUAAAUGUCUGGUUAAAAUAUAUUGAUCCCUCACUAACAUUACUAAUGGUAAUAAUAAUAGCGAUUAAAGCUAUUCCUGUCAUAUGGUCACUUGGCCAUAUUCUUGUUGAAGCUGUUCCAUCCGGUAUUAAUACUGGUCAAUUAAUUCAGACAAUUAUGAAAGCAAUUCCUCAAAUAUGUGCCGUACACAGUGUACAUGUUUGGAGAGCAACAGCGCGCGAUGUAUUUGCAACAUUUCAUGUUGUCUGCGAUGAAGAUUUACCAUUAAGUACAUGUCGAGAUUUGUUUAGUCGACGUCUGCAAAAAAUAUUUGAAACACAUUGUAUUCGUCAUUUUACAAUACAGUUUGAAUAUGUGAAACCAGGUGAAAAUGUGAAUAAAUGUGCAUAUGGUACUCGACGACGGCGCCAUCGUGGCCAUCAAUCAAGUUCCGAAGAUGAUACUAGUGUUGUAGUUCAAUCACAGGCUGAUCUACGUAUGGACUCAUUAAAAACAAAUCAUAAUGGUCACAAUUCAAUUGUAAUAGCUCUACACAACCAAUAG